AUGUCCACGGAAACGUCAGUCAAAGAGUGCAGCGUAACAUCUUCUUUCGACUCACCCAUUCCGUCAAUUGAGCAGGAAUCGCAAGAAUCGCAAGAAUCACAAGACUCGCAAGACAAGAAGCUCAGAUCCUCUGCCGAGCCGUCACACCAAGAAACGCCUAGUCAACUCAUACCUUCUAUUGAUGUGACAUACUCACUCGUCUACUCCGACAUCGCAAAUGCAAGCCCGAAAGACACAGAAUCAACUUCGCAGAUGCACAUCGUUGGCGAACAGUUCCCGGAAGACGACGGCUGCCACAUCUGCAUCGUCUAUCUCCAUUUCCGGAGCUUCACUUGCGAGCUUACUUGCCUUUAUCACCCGUCCACUGGUACUUUCUCCGCGUUUGAAGUGGAAGACGGGACAAUGAGCGGAGAGACGGAGGACGAAGCGAUCGCAGUCGAGGACAUUCUCAUUGUCGCGAUGCAGAGGAGAAAGAAGGUCGAUGGCGAGUACGUGGGAGAGGAGGUGAAGGACGACAAUGGACACCCGUUCUUAUUUGCUUUCAUGGAUUUCGGGUACAGUGGGCGCUACCCUUUUGUAGGGAGAGUGUACGGGAAGAUGGUCAUGCCGGGAGAGGAGGUUGGAGAGGUUGCUUUGUCUCAAGAGGAGAGGGCGAGAUUGGAUCUGGAGGAUGAGGUUGAAAGGUAG